UUCUCCUGAGCGCGCCCCUCGGGGUGCGGCGCGGGAAGCGCCGUCCGGGCCGCAGCCGGUGCCGCGGCGGAGGGCGGCCGUGCCUGCGCUGGGUGGCGCCUGCUGGACCCGUCCCGCCCCGCCCUCCUGCUUCUUGGCGCCGCCCGACCCCACGUCGUUCCCGGGGCUCGAGGUCCCGGCUGCAGUCCGCGAGGACGUGGUGUGGGGGCCGAGGGGACGCCUUGCGCGCGUGUGGAGGCUCUGUGGCCGCGACAGCCACGGCCCGGAGCUGUUCACCGGGGCCGGGUCGUGCACGCACAACGCGCCAUUGGUUAUAGUUUUUGUUCUGAUUGGCUUUCGCCCCAAGGGAAGUUUUCGCUAGGUGGUACCCUGAGCAGUGUGGGAAAUAUUAAUAGAGGAUCCUAUUACCACGUGUCUUUCUCCUUCAGUGUAUGAUAUGAUUUGUAAACUCGGGUUUGAAGCCAGAGAAAAUUGCGAUAUCAGUAGUAUUGUAACUCAAAAUGGUGAAGUAUGCUGGACGACAAUUACAGACUGUGUGGUUUAUACAGAAUCAGGUUUGUACUUUCUCUGAAGCCCAAAUACCCGUCAAUACUGUUGCAUUUAAAAUGUCUUGACCUGUAAAAUUUCCCUCUCUGCUCAUUGCUUUUUGGGUUAGGAGAUGUUAUAGUACAGCCUUAAUUUGAAAGAGAAAAGGAAUCGGUGUGGAAAGAGGGAAUGAGGCAGAGACGCAUAGGAGACUUAAGGGAAAGCUGGGCUCUGAAAACCAGGUGUGAGGAGGAAGGGGUCGGGAGGCAGUGAGGGCUGAGGGGCUCUCAGCUUAUGGCCUGUGAUCCAGGUGGAAGAGGGAAGAAGAUAGAAGUCAUAUGAAUUAAGGGUGUAGAAUGACCAGUGAUAUAUACAAUUAUUUUAAAUGUCUUCCAGGCAUUCUUGUAUGUCUUUUGAAGUAGGGAUGUGGGAUGGGAAAAAUAAUAAUAAUUGUAAAAAUUAUAAGGGAAUGUGCUGUGGCCCAGCAAUUCCAUCCAGGAACGUACAAGACAGGCCCAGUCACAGGUAUGAACAUGUGUUUGUGCCAAGUUACUGCAGCAUUUUGUAAUAGAAAAGAAAGAAAGAAAGAAAGAAAAAACAUUGGAAAUAGCCAAAUGUUAAGUGGUAGUGGAUUGAUUAAAUGAAUUAUGGAAAAAAAAAAAUGCAUGCAAGGGAAUAUUAUGCAGUGGUGAAAAAGAGUGAGGAGGCCCAUCUUUCUGAUCCAGAAAUCUCUCUGAGCUGUAUGGCUGAGUGAAAAAGUAGGAGGAGCACAUACAUGUAUUAUUUGCUUGUGUAUGUAUAAAUAUUUCUAAAUACACCCAAGGAAUUUAUAACAGUAGCUGCUAUAGGAAGGAGAACUGGUGGCAGAAGGGAGACUUUCACCGUUUUAUAUUUUUUGAUCGUGAACCACGUGAAUGUUCAACCAAAACUUAUCAAAAAAACAAAACCAAAAAUUAAUAUUCUAAAUACAUUCCAAAAUAAUAAUAAUUAUUAUUAAUAAUGUCAUUGGAAAUCUCAUAGUCUAAUAAUGUUACAUUAAAAAGUCAGGUUAAAAUAUAUAUAACAACAUGAAGCUGAUUUUGUACAAACUUAUAUACAGAUAAAGAGAUUGAAAAAAUGAAAAAAUAUUUGAACCUUUAUUUUUCAAACUCGCUAAUGAGAGUUUUUCUUUUAUAAGCAGAUAAACACUAUGUAACUUAUUUUCAACAACAUGAGUAUCUUUAUUGUAAGUCCAAUUAUAAACUGGUUGCCAACUUUAUGGAAAUUUCAUAAUUAAAGCCCUUUUUCUUUGAUGAUUUAGGCAUUUGCAUCACACGAUGUGGAGCUGUGGUACUAACUUGCUUUCUUAUCCUUGAAGCCCAGGGUCUGGAUUACGGGGAAAGCGUGAGGCUGCUGGGCCCUGUGUGCCAGGCUGUCCACUUACAUCUGUCGUCUCUGACCAAGGGGCAAUUUGAAACGCGAUAUUCAUCGGGGUUCCAGUGGACAGGUGUUCCAGAGUUAUUUCCUGAAAUGUUUGAUGCCUUGGGAAGUCUUCAAUCUCUUGCUAUUUCUCUUAGCUUAAUGAAGCUGACAUCAUGUCUGGAGCGAGCCCUGGCUGACGUGUAUUUACUGAUUAGGAAGGAAUGCCCCUUUCUUUUAAGAGAUCUGAUUGCAUCUGAGGAGCUCUCUCAAGUCUUUGGGCAGUCUGUGAUGGACGUGCUCAAGGUCUUCGUGGGCUCUCCGCGUGGACUCAACCUUCGCAACGUUCUGUGGCACGGCUUCGCGGCACCGCAGGAGAUUCCUCCAAAAUACUGUUCAAUGAUGAUAUUGUUGACAGCAGGAUUGGGUCAACUACUAAAGGGUUACCUUCAACAAACUAAGUUCACAUUGGCACAUCGACCUUUCAUAACUCUUACAAGCUUAGAGGAUUUGAUCGUUUUCCCUGAUGUUACUUAUGAGGUACUUUCAGUAUUAGAAGAAGUGAUGAAGAAAUCCACUUUUAUACUAAAAAUCAUGUUGCCAUAUUGGGAAGUUGCAUUACUCAACUUCAAGUCUCACAGGUUUGCUGACUGUGCCAUACUGUUAUUGGUGCAACUAGAGACUGGACUUAGGAAAGUUUUUGCCACAGUUAACAAAUGUCCAAAGAGACUUCUGACUGCUGAGUCAACAGCUCUUUAUACUACCUUUGAUGAGAUAUUGGCAAAACACUUGAAUGAUGGUAAAAUCAAUCAACUUCCUCUUUUCCUUGGAGAGCCUGCAAUGGAAUUUCUCUGGGAUUUCCUGAACCAUCAGGAAGGUCCCCGUCUAAGAGAUCGUUUAAGCCACGGGGAAAUCAGUUUACCUGAAUUUCCGAAAGAAGCAGCCAAUCAGUUGCUUGCAUUUUCCUUUGUACUUUUACUCAGAUUUAUUGAUGAAGAUCUAUUAUCAGUGUUUAAGCAGGAAAAAGCAGCAGUGAGAGCAUUGGUGAGCAUUGCAGAAGCCUAUGGCGCUCGCUGCCAUCCAGUUUCUCAGCUUAAAAAGCAGGUGCUGAGCUGUGAGAGGAGCAUCGGAGUUUGGCCUCUGCUGCCUUUGCCUGAAGGAUCCGAAAGGGAGGCUCAGCGAUCAGAAGGUAAUUCUGAAAUAAAUGCCUGCCACUCUUUAAUCACAGAAAUCGUGGCUGAGCUGUGUCACCACGUGCCCGAGGCCCACCGCGUUCCUCACGCCUCGGAGCACCUUCCCCCUGAGGAGUGGCCCCAGCUGCUCCGUGAGCUCUGCAGCAUCCCUGUCCGGACCCUGUUCUGCCCCAGAGCCGUCCUGGAGGUGCUGGCCGUGCUCCGGAAGAUCGGCGCCCACUGCCGCCGCGUGUGUGGCCAGGUGGCCGCCUGCGCGGAGCUGAGGCGCCGGCAGUGGGAGGACAGGAGCCUGCGCUCCCGGCAGCGGCGGAACUACCUGCGCCUGGUUCACAGUAUUAAGCUUCUGUCUCCUAUGCUUUAUCUGAUUUUAUUGCUGAUUGCACUGGAAUUGGUCAACAUUCAUGUGGUUCUUGGGAAAAAUACUUCGGAAUAUCAGCAGUAUCUAAGGUUCUUAAAGUCCAUCUUGCAGUACACAGAGAACCUGGCGGCUUACACCAGCCAAGACAAGAACAAGUGGGAUGAAGCUGUCAAUCUCACACAGGUGGCCUUGUUGAAAAUUUGGACUUUUAGUGAGAAGAAACAAAUGUUAAUACAUUUAGCCAAGAAAUCCACGAGUAAAGUAGUCUAAUAAGUCAGGAUGCUUUGGGAUCUAUCAGAAAACCCGACCUGAGUAGACUUUACAGCAUGUGAGUUGAAAAUCCAAAGGCAGGGUGGAUUCCAGGUACUGCCUGAUCAGGGCACAAGGUCCGUUGCUCUGCAGUUUCCUGACUUGCUUUUCCCAAGUUGUUGGUGUGAACCUCAGGCUGAAUCCCUGGGAACCAAAUGGCCGUAGCAGUUUUGGGCCUCAUCUCCCAAUGCAUACUGUCCAGAGGAGAGAUGUUUCUCACCCAGCUCUCACCCAGGAAUGGGCGGCUUCAUCUUACUGGCCACAGGCCUAAUCUUGAAACGAUGGCUGUGGCCAAGACCCUGCCCUGCACUCACCAGUCAGGCUAGGUGGACGUCUACUCCUGGACCGGCCACUGGGGCGUAGAGGGAGGGCUUGGGCUGGUCACCCUUGUCCCUGGAGCUGAGAGUGAGGUUGAUAUGAUUCAGAUCUCGAGGGAGAGGGUUGGGGAGGAACAGCUCCUGGAAGACGCUGGGCAGCACGCCUAACAGUCUGCACGUCCCCAGGUUUCCAGGUCUGGCGGGUUUAGUGCAGGGACCAGGAGGGCGGAGGAGUGAGGGCCAGGGCUGCAGCCAGAAGAGCCAGGUCAGCCCUCGCAGGAGGCCCUGGGUGUCUACUGCAGGAAGCUCCUCGUCCGCUUCGGUGGCAGCAGCAAGGCUGUGUUUCUCCAGGAACCCCUGCAGGGCUGCCCCCAACCCCAGUCUGUAUGUGCUCAGCUGCACCCACCUGCCGUGAUGCACAGCCUCCUCCAGCCUUGCUGGCAGGUCUGGCCUCCCAGGAAGGACUUCCCACAGCCUGUUCUGGCUUCUCAGCUGUCAGAGAUGAGUGUGGAGGCCGCCGUUGGGGAGGUGGGGCCGUGUGACAACAGCCAUCCGUGUUCCAUCUGUCGCUUCACCAGCCCAGUACCUGCAACCCCCUUGUAAAGUGAACUUGUGGGUAAAGACAGUGAAACCUGCUUCUGCCUGAUGUGAUGCCAGACGCCCACGUCAAGUGUCCACUUCUGGAGAGGUGCUCCUGUGGUCGGUCACGGCCUCCUGGGUGUGGGCUCGAAGGCUUCACCACUCCUAACCCUCCUGGUGUUGGCGCUGGAACGGGCAAGGGGGAAAAUGGACUGAUCUGUACUCUCACCAGCCAGUGCAGGAUCUGCAGAGCCCCGCGGCCACUAGGCUGGCGGAAGCUCGUGUUAAACGCUGCUGCUCUACAGCUCAUCGCGUUCCUUUGCCCUCAGCUGCCCACCUCUGUUGGUUGUGGGUCUUCACCUGGUAGGUUGACCCAAACCUCAUUCCUGAAAGGGCUUUCCCGCUAGCAAUCUUCCUAGUUUGGGUAACUAGUUUUCUGUUGACUUUUAUCCCUAGAAAUGGGCAUCCUUUCCCAUGGGCCCCCAAGUCCCCGCCUGUGGCCGCAGCCCUGUCCUCAGGGGCGUGGGGGGCGGUCACCCGCAUUACAGGCGGCCCCUCUCGGUCCUUUGGUUCCCUGACACAAGGCCAGCACUGCGGGCGGGCCCUCAGUCCUGUGUAAGGGCUGCCUUGGGGGCUUAGCCUCCCCACAAGCCGUGGCUCCGAGGGGCUCACAGCGAUGCUCCCCCCUCACCUGCCUCUUCGAUCGACCAUGUGUCCUGGUGGCUCAGAGAGGAGGGCGCCUGUCGGGUGGACAGCAGCCCCCGGCGUCCCCGUCUCCGCCACGUCCUCCAGGGGCUGCUCGCGGGGCUGCAGCGCGUGCUGAGGUCUUGGAAGCGGUGCCAGGAGAGCCACCCAGCGGAUAAGGCUUCUGUGCCGUGGUGAUGGGGUGUGGUGUCCACAGGUCACCGUGUCACCCGACGCCAGCGGUGGGCGCUCUCGUGGGACAGACGUCAGCAUGCUGUGCACUCACCUCCUCACGCCCACAAACCACUCUGAUACCUCUGGCCCUCGCCUUCCGGUCUCGUUGCUUCCAGGCCCCUGACCACCUGGCCACACUUACCAGUUGCUUCCUCCGUGUAGACCCACCCUCACGGCCAAGGGUCCUUCCCGGCGCUUGACCUGCCCCCCGAGACAGUGGGGGGGGGGGCUGCCCUUGAGGCUGUAACACUACAACUUUCUCCUUUAGGUGGUGUCAGUGGAUUUUGCAGAAAUCAAACAACUCGUACUUGGGGCAGCCGGCCGUAGGAAGCUCUCCUUAAGCCUGUGGGCACACGGCGAGGAGGUGUGGGCACGUGAGCCUUUUGUCUCUGACCUGGGCCUUGGAACGUGAGCAGCCUGGUCCUGUGUGGGCGUCUGCGGUUUCAGAAGGAGAUGCACCAGCAGGCGCCAGCCCGAUGCCGCAAGGGCUCGGACGACACCUCCCACCAUCUCGGUCACAAGGACGCUAGGAGCCUCGGUGGAGUCGGGGUUCUAGCCGGUACACGGUCCGGAGGGCAGCUAGGAGAGUUACUGUCACGGUUGUGUCCCAGAACCCUUGGGUCUGUGCUGUGGGCCUGUUUGUGGCUCAGCCCCAGCACCGCACAGGCCGCGCCCGCACACCAAGAUCCUCUGCGAAGGCUCGACACCCACACCCCAGAUGCCGGUGCUGGCGACUUCAGAGUCACAUUCGGCCGUCACUUUGCAGUCAGCUUUCCGUCCAUUCUGCCCCAAGACCAUCUCCUGUCCUGCCCAGGACUCUCGCUGGUCUUGGUCUGGCCUUCGAGGUGGGGGAGGCCGGGCGCAGGCCUGUGUGGGUGCUGCCCCCGUAGUCCGAGGACCCCAGCGUGUGCUCCCACAGGGAGCGGCGUGCAUUCUUUUGGUGUCGCGCUGCGCCUGCAGGCCCUUCCCGCGGCUCCCUGUGGGCAAACGGCGGCAACGUGGCACCCGUGACAAGCGCUGCCCUUGCUGGGGUGCCGGGUGCUAGGGCGGUGUGGCUGGUGCCUGCCCGCCCUCGGGGAGGCCACGCCGCUCCUGGCCGGUGCUGGGCUGGGCACUGCGCACGGGCUUCCUCCUGUCCGCCCGGUCUGUUUUCUCUGUCCGCCCUGCUCCUGCAGAACCCCUGCCUUGAUCGGAUGCCUCCCUGCGUCCACGCGGGUGGCAGCCGCAGCAGAGGGGGCCAAAGCUCAUUGUUUUUCUCAAACAGUGUCACAUGUCUGCUGCUCUUCGCCGCUGAGCUGAUGGAGAACUUCACUCCGAGGGGCAGGCGUCCUGAGGGCUGUGCCACACCAGCUGUCUAGCCAGCGGGAGUCGCCAGGGUAACAGGCGCCGGCGGCUGAGGGUCCACGACCCGAUGGGCACCGGCCGUCACGGCUGAGGAGGCCAGGCAGCUGAGAAGCGGCCAGAGGCGCCUGAAGUUAGCGAGUCCGCCUCAUGCUCCCCGGACGCUUUUUAUUUUCUCUGCUGGCCGAAUACCUUCAGCAGAUGGAAAUUGCUGGCGAAAAGGAAAGAAGUGAAGAUUAGCUAAAUUUGUUCUCCAUCAAAAGCUCGCCAAGCCAUUCGAGAGCGAGCCCGGGGGGGAGUCAGCUCGUGCCGGCCUCAGGAGCGCGGCCGCAGAGGGCAGAGGCCACAGGCUCGGACGCUGGACACAGGCUGGACCCCGGCUCCGCCACGUUUAUUCACGGGCUCAGCCCCCCACACCGUUUUCUCGUGGGUGACGUGUGGAGCGUACCGUCCCGCCCCGUUAGGUUGGCGUGACGACCGUGUGCGGGCAGCCCCCAGCCCCGUCCUGACGCGGGCGUCGGUGGCCCUGCCAGGAGGAGGGACUUGGGUGCCUCCGUGUGGCGGCCGAGCUGCGUGCCUGAGCCCGGGGUCCCCUCCCCCCAGCGCAGCCGCCGGGUCUCUGCGGGGCUUUCGGCGAAGGAGGGGGCGGGGAGCCGGCCGCUGCCCCCCGUGUGCCCGUCGGCGCUAAGGACAGCUCGGCCUCAGCCCGAGCGGCGCCGCAGGACUGCACCGGAGCCACGGGGGCGCCCCUCAGGUGGGUGUCCGGUGUGCCCAGACGCGCGCACACCUGCAGGAGGGUCGCUGGGUCGCGUCCCUCGGCGCCUCCUGCCUCGCUGUGCUUCAAGGGUUUGGUCGCGAAGCUGCUCUUGCGAGUAAACUCCGGGUUCCUCAGGCGAGGGCCGCUCCGGAGCUCUGCGAGCGCCGUCGCACGGGCUGGGCCCGCGCCUCACGGGGUUGCGCUUCUCUGUCGGGUCGCGGGGCGGCGCUCUUCAGCAAAGCAAGGCCGCGGCGGCCGCGGGAUGCGCUGGAAGCCUCUGAGGGGAGGGGCUGGGGGAUCAUGGAUCCGGGCGGCACCUGCUCCUCCUUCGGCCUUCCCUGCAGCGGGCAGAGCCCGGGCUGCCCGGGAGGGUGAAGAGCGGCCGCCCGCUUGUCGCAGGGCCCACGGGGCUUUCCCCGGGAACGAGCUUUCACUCCGGCCCGGCGAGGCAGGAGCUCCCGUCCUCAGGGAGGAAAGCCCGGGCGGGAUUGACCGUGUAGCUCAGAGAACGAACCGCAGGGGAGAAGCUCUUUGUUUGAAGACUGAGGUUGAUUUCCUGCGGAGGACGGUGUUCGGCGCGGGGGUGCCGUGGAAGUGGCCCCCUGACGGCUCCCCUUUACCGCGAAUUCCCAGCUGGCGUUGCGGCGUCUGGGGGCGGCUAGGAAGAGCCCGCGGGGACGCAGGCCUCCGCAGGGCGUGGCUGCGGCCGGUCUACAGCCACGCUUCGCAGUGCCAGUAAGACGACGUCGCUCUGUUGGUGCCCGUGCCCCCAAGUCUUCGAGGCAGACAUAACGUGCACCUGGACCCCUCAGGGUCCCCGGGGCCCUGGAUAAUGUGGCACCAGAGUGAAUCGAUUUGGGACCGUUUACAGCCCAUCUAAGAUCAGUUCUUAAGUUUUUCCGAAGAAGACCCUGGAUGAUGCAGGAAGUUCUUUUGACACAUCAUUCAAUUCCUUUAAGACAAGAGUAUUUUAGGGUACAUUCAAAAAAGCCCGUCACGCACUGAGCCCCGCAGCACUGGUUACAGUCGGGGCGGGCGGUGGCACAGCUGCGUCUGUGUAAGUACCGGGUGGGCGCCUUGUUCCCAGAGUACCCCGAGGUCCUUAUUGUUCACGUCCGCCCCCUCUUCACCCGCACCCACCCAGUAGGACAGCUCCUUCAGGAGCGAGGGGGCCUGGGAAGGCAUCUCCUCGGGGGAGGAGGGCGGGGCCGGGGUGGGGCUGGUCCUCUCCCCGAAGGGGGCGUGGCCAGCGUGGCCCGUGCCACCUGGCGUCUCCUCUCCAUCUCAUCACAGCCCCGUUUCUACAAGGCUUUGUAGGUGGGUUCUCCCGAGAGCGAAUCCCCACAGCAGCACUGUGAAGGCGCACUCCCGCCGGCUUUACAGGGGAGAGAGCAAGGACCCGAGAGAGGGGCUCCCAGCGUCGCGGAGGGGAGGGUCUUGAUGCAGGCCUGCGUUCUGGGCCGGGGACUCACCCAAACGGAGGCAAGGCCUGUUGGGUGGCGGCACCGCCUAAGCGUGUUCUCUGUUCUACUACGAGACCCCUGAGGGUGCUCAGGGGUGUUCCUGGGCCUUCCUGCAGCUCUGCGCGGGAAUUUAACUUGGCAGCUGCAGCCCAUGAGUAACUGUAGUUCACAAAACCUCGCCCCUGAGUUACUGCAACUCUCCCCUCCCACUUGUAAGACGUAACACGGCUUUGAGUGUCAGUGAGGAAAUGUCACGAGCCUGCCCUUCCUGUGAACGUGUGUUAGCGCUGUCAGCGCUCUGGAGGGGCCCAGUUUCUUGCUGGAAUCAGAUUCCUGUAUUUCAGCUCAUUUCUUUCUUUUUCUUCCCUGUAGUAGUUGAUAAUUCCGAUUUCUCUGGCUUGGAUGAAAGUUACAUAAUAAAUAGAGAUAACUAAUCAGAAAAUAA